AGUUAUUUUAUUUAUUUUUUAUUUUUUUCUCAGGAUAAAUAACAUGAUAAGCGGUUUAACAACCCGUUAGAGCGCAGGAGCGCGCCUAGCCCGGUGAAUUAUUGAUUUUUUUAUUUUUUUUUGGGACAUCUUUUCCGUAGGUAGGUCAACAUCUUUUGGGGGAAUGUAUCUCGGUAUGAUGCUCCAGUGAGCUGAUUGUUUGUGCAUGAAAUGACUUGACAUCCUGCCGACCACCGAGUGCGUGCGUGAGUGUGUGCGUGCGUGCGUGCGUGAGCGUCCAUGGAGAGAGAGAGAGAGAGAGAGAGAGAGAGAGAGAGAGAAAGAAUAAGCAACUUUGUUACCAGGCAUAGCUGUGUCUCCUCCGGCACAGCGUGGUAAAAAAGAGAAGCAGUUGGCAGUUAUGGUUGAUCAGCGUUUCUUUCAUCCUCUCCGGUGCAUUAGAGACGACGAACGUGCUCGCGUUGAAUAGAUCCUGUUACCCAUUUCGUUUUUUUUUUUUUUUUUUCUUGGACGGAUUAAAAAUAAAAGAUGCGCUGAAACACCUAACGAGCCGACGUCUUCAUCAGUGUGCGUGAGAUGACAUUGAGGAUAUCUUAACAGGACUGUGAGCUCGGGCCAUCAUUUGCAGGAAAAUGCAUCUUUGGAUUUCAUAUGUUUUGCUAAGUGCAACGUCAAUGUGCACUGUUGAGAUGUUUGGCAGUUAUGGAGAAAUAUGUCAAAGACUGUGUGCCUGUGAGGAGAGAGAGGGGAUACUUACAGUGAGCUGUGAAAACAGAGGAAUUGUAAGUCUCUCAGACAUAAGCCCAGUGUACUUCUCCCAGUAUCAUCUGCUGCUUACAGGGAAUAUUUUAAAGAAGCUAUCUGCCAAUGAUUUUGUUGACUACAAAGGACUUACAAUAUUACAUCUGGGAAAUAAUGACAUAUCUGACGUGGAAGCUGGCGCUUUUAAUGGACUUCAGGGAUUAAAACGAUUGCAUCUCAACAAUAACAAAAUUGAUGCCUUGAAGGAAGAGUUUUUCUUUGGCCUUGAAAGUCUGGAGUAUCUACAAAUUGAUUAUAAUUAUAUCACUCAUGUGGCACUAAAUGCCUUCAGCAGACUUCGACAUCUGGAGGUCCUGAUUCUAAAUGACAACUUAAUAUCUACUUUGCCUGUGAACAUUUUCCAGUAUGUACCACUGACUCAUUUGGACUUAAGGGGGAAUCAGCUCAAAGUGCUUCCCUACUCAGGUCUGCUGGAGCACAUGAACAGUGUUGUGGAGUUACAGUUGGAGGAGAAUCCCUGGAACUGUUCCUGUGAGUUGAUUGCACUUAAGACCUGGCUCGAGAGCAUAUCAUACACAGCUUUAGUCGGUGAUGUCGUCUGUGAGUUCCCGUUCCGGCUUCAUGGGAGGGAUCUUGAUGAGGUUUCAAAACAAGAAUUGUGCCCGAGGAGAGCCAUAGCUGAAUAUGAGAUGCCACCACUGCCGCAUCUGAGCACCGAUGCAUACUAUAGGACCACGCCAGCUCUAGUCACAGCCUCCUUCACCUCAUCUGGGAUUGCACGGUCCUCAUCAAGACCCACUAAGGGACCUCGCCAGUCAGGCAAAUUAAAAUCAAGACCCACUUCUCGCAUCCAAUCAAAUAAACCACAAAAUUAUGGCCAAAUUAUUUCAUAUCAAACCAAAUCCCCCGUGCCUUUAGAUUGCCCAACUGCCUGCACCUGCAAUCUUCAAAUUUCAGACCUUGGCCUGAAUGUGAACUGCCAGGAGCGGAAGAUUGAGCACAUCUCGGACUUAAAUCCCAAACCUUACAAUCCCAAAAAGAUGUAUCUAACUGGGAAUUAUAUCCCUGUGGUGCGCAGAUCAGAUUUUAUCGAGGCAACCGGAUUAGAUUUGCUUCAUCUUGGCAACAAUCGAAUAGCUCGCAUACAUGACAGAGCUUUUGGGGAUUUGACACAUCUAAGAAGACUAUACCUUAAUGGGAAUCUGAUUGACCAUCUUACAUCUGAAAUGUUUUUUGGAUUGGAGACCUUGCAGUUCUUAUAUUUAGAAUACAAUGUCAUUAAAGGGGUUGCCCAUAACACCUUUCAGCAUGUACCCAAACUCCAACUUCUUUUUCUGAACAAUAACCUCUUGAAAACUUUACCAGUGGGGACAUUUAAUGGCCUGACGUUAGCCAGGCUAAAUCUGCGCAACAACCAUCUGCGAUAUCUGCCAACUAGUGGUGUGCUGGAUCAACUUACUGCACUGGUGCAAGUCGAUUUGUUUGAGAAUCCCUGGGAUUGCUCUUGUAGCAUACUGGAGCUGAAGAUGUGGCUCGAGCAGCUUAGCACAGGCACAGUUGUAAACAAUGUCAUCUGUGGCUCGCCUAAGAGGCUAGCUGGGGAGGAUAUGAGAUACAUUAAGACGGCUAAUUUCUGCCCUAAUAACUCCGAUAUACUUGCUUCCAUGAUCCCACCCUCUGAAGAAUCUUUUCCUGGCAGCACUAUCACCAUAGAAACAUCCUUGGACUCUGACAUACAAUACAGUGCCAUUCCUUUAUCUGUGAUGAUUCUUGCCCUUCUCCUCAUGUUCAUUGUGUCUGUGUUUGUGGCUGCAGGAUUGUUCGUGGCAAUGAAAAAGAGACGUCAAAAGAGUCAAAACAAGCAGAAUAACUCCAUGAAUGCUUGCAUUAGCUCUCUCAACAUGGAAUAUGGUCUUUACAAAAAGGGAUCCAUUCCCAAAGUCAGAACAUCUGCUGGACAUGUAUAUGAGUACAUCCCACCUCCCACAGAAUCCACAUGCAGAACGACUGCCCACACCCCGACGGACAGCAAAUCGGUGGAUGGAUUUAGAGACUUUGAUGAGUUGAGCGGUGCUUUUCUGGGUAACUCCGAUGAAGAGGCAGCCAGUAAUGUAAUAAGCUCGGAAUACAGUGCCACUACUCCAGAGCCUCUUAACAAGACCUCCACCCCUCACCAAGACGAUCUGUGUUGCUACAGAGAUGUACUUGAGCCUGACAAGCACACACGCUACAGCAAUACCUUACCAUGCAAGCAUACAGCGCAUUCAUCGAGUCAGUAUACCUCAGACUUUGAUACAAGGCAUCAAUAUGUGCACCCAGAGAGAAUACAACAGACAAUACUAUACUGUACAGCACCAAGUACUGUUUAUGUGGAGCCUAACAGGAGCGAGUACUGGGAACUGAAAGCAAAGCUUCAUAUUGAUCCUGAUUACCUUGAGGUUCUUGAAAAACGAACAACAUUUACACAGUUUUAAAGAGACUUGGCCUCUGGAUGGAUGCAUUCAUGCAGUGCACCCAUUUUAAUCAGGAAUGAGAUCAUGUUUUAAAAAACAGGCAUAACUAUUUUAUCACCUUCAUUAGUACAAUGCAUUGUGAACUACAGUAGGCAUUUCUGGGAAUCAUGCUUUACAGAAUUCAAUAAUAAAGGGGAACUCUACUCAUUUUAAAGUAUCACUUAACACUUCAUGCCUGUGGCAUGCCGUUAAUAGUUUGGUUUCAAUUUGUAAAUAUGAACAAGCAAACAGAGAUUCAGGGCUCUUAUGACUCAUCCCAUCAUAAAAUACAUCCUGGAGGUGUUUCAUUGACAAUGAUGUGAGUCUGAGCUUUUACUCUCAAAUGAGCUGCAUUUCAUGAGUGUUAAUGAACCGUGCAGAUGAUAUGUUCUUAUCCCAAAAUAAACCAGGUUUUUGUUAAAGUUAUAUGUAUGGCUCCCAGUUCUGUCUUUUCAAAUUUAUUCAAAGCAAAUAACAUACAUACACUAAAUCUGAAGUAAAUGUAUCUGUAAACAUGAAUUUGACCUGUGUAUGUGUUGACAAAAGUCACAUAGCCUACGCAUCUCUUAGGAAAUUGUGCUCCAAUGAAAAAUGGAGUCAGACACAUUUAGUUUGUCCUCCAGUACGCACAGUCGGGGAUAACAAUAUUACAUUUAUGAGAUCAUAAAACAAAUUCCAAUGUAAUAUCUCAAAUCACAGAUUACGAGGCCAGUAAAUCUCUGCUCUCUUGUUUGCAGAUUUGUGAGAGAAUAAUUAAUGUAUCCUAAAAAUGUACUGAACUGACCUAGUGCAUAUACUGUAGGGUAAUCUGUGGAAAUCGGUGGUGUUCCCUCAGAGCUUCCCCAUCUCCAAACCGCCAGUACUUAUAGAUUAUGGACACAUGUUGCACUUGUAUUGAGUUAAAUAUUAAUGUAUUGUAACUGUACUCAGAAAUGUUGUAACUAACUACAGCUGUAUUCAGAUGCAUUGCAAAUGAAAGAAAAUUAGCUUUAACUGCAGGUCCACAUCAUGCAUCCACAAAUAUGUACAUGAAAAAAUGCUUUUUUUUUGGCAUUUUACAUGAACAGUUUAAAAAAACACUUGCUGAAAAUUGAUUAACUUUAAUGAGUAUCUUUUUUUAUUUUUUACCAGAGCCAAAGCACUUCACAAAAAAAUCCGCUCAUAAUAUGCAAAGUUUGACACACAGAGGGUUACAGCAAAGCACAGUCCUGUGUUUUAUCAUACCCAAUUAUACAACCAUUUUUCUUAAUUAUAGGUCUGAAUAUACUUAUAAAAAUUUUAUUACAGUUGCAUUACAUUUGAGUAGAUUUGCAAUACAAGAAGGGUGUAAUAUUUCUCCAUAUACUUCUGUUUUAAAUUCAGCUGAAACUGAAAACAUACUGUAUUUUAUGACUAUUUUUAUACAAAAGAUAUUUCUUUUCUUUGUUUUUCUUGUACAAAAAAUGCACUACUGACUUCUGCAGGUCAACAAUGAUGUCAAUUUUCUGAAAUGCACCAUAUGGUAACACUUGUGCAUAUAGCCAUAGAAGUAGGUUUGAUAACUGCAUACAUUAAAGUAACUCAUGUUACAAGAUCUUGCACUAUGCACAGAUAUAGAGUACACAUAGACAAUCUGUACAAAAUGCAGCUCAUCCCCUCAGUUACCAACCAACACUCAUAAAAACUAUAUUUAAUAAUAUAAUCACAUCCCAUGAAUGCAUAUUUGAAAUUUAACACAUGAAUAUUCAGAGGUACUUUUGUACCACAUUUUAGAUCAUUCAUUUUUUUCUAAAACUUCAUAUAUGUGUUUUAGGGAGAUACUUUUAGGAGUGGAUAUGUGUGUAUUGCAUUACAAUGAAAAUCACUGUCUCAGUUUUAGGAAUUGUUUUUUUCAUCUGUAUGGUGAAUAUAUGAAAUCUGGCAAUUUGACUGCAAUUAUAGUCAAGUAUAGUCAGUCUCUGUUUCUCUCUUUUAAAGGAGGGUUUGAUGAGUAAUGUGACAAAUGUGUAAAGGUCUGGAAGAGCUUUAGCCAUUAGAUUGAAAAGCACAACAAAUGAAUGCAGAAGUUGAAUGGAUAGAGUCGUCUUUAUGCAUAAAAAUGUUCUCUGCUCUAAAGCAAAGUAAGCACACCAUCCAGUCUUAUAACGCAGUCUACCCAAUUUCUGGGUCAAUAGUGUAAGCCCUGAAAUCUGAUUUUCCCUGAGAGUUUAAUACAUAGAGUAAAUUCACAUCAUAUGCAGUAUUAUGCACUGAACCUGUCAUCUUAACUCAGCUAAUUAGAGGACAUGGCGUAUCUGGACCCUGUCUGCACGUCACCAUGUAUUACACUGCAGCAUUAGUCAUGCUGUUUAUCAAGUAUACAGUCUUGGUUUGUUGCCUUUCACAUGUUCAGAGUCAUUUUGUGAUUAUUUUGUCAGUUGACCUGUGUCUGCUCUUUGGAAAUCCUUCAGAACAAACAAAAUCUACACAGUGAAGCAUGAUGUAAACCUGCACAGGUUUGUACUUUGUUACAUGUUGGAUUUUCUUAAUCAAUAUAUUGCUGUGAAGUUAGUGGUGAAAAACUCUGUAAACCUGCAAACAUGCACAGACAGAUACUCACAAAAUGUUUUUAUUGUGAACAGUGGCCAACCUUUAGUUGUUUGUUUCAGUUCUCAAAUUAAUAUAUAUUUUUUUUUAAAUGUGUGGUAAUUUUUUGUACAGCCAAACAGAUGAAAAAGUAACACAUCACAAAAAUGCAAACAAUUUAGCUUGCCAGCUUAUUUGGAGGUAAAUCCUUUUAUUUGUCAUGACAUUUCUUUUCAUUUCUAAGAAUCUUGCAAAGCAAACUGUGUAAUGGAACACAGUAUUUACUAUUUAACAGAAAUUUGUAAUAUGUUUUUCUUUUUUAGCUUUUUGUAAUCAAUGACCUAAUGCAGAUUUUUGUCACGUCAUGUGAGACUUCAAAUACUAAUAAUACAAAAAUAUGUUAAAUUGAAAUGUGACUGUCCUGUGUAUGUGCAAAUGUUUUAUUUGCAAAGAAGAAUAGGUCCAAUCCGUGUCUUAUUCUUAUUCCAAUUCUUAUGUUUGCUUUUAUUUCUUUUUGUUUGGUUUUCAUAUGAAACUGUGAUUUUCUAUAUAUGUCAACCUCUGAUUUGUAAAUAGAACACUUCAUCAGCAUUUCCAUGUAAAUCCACAUUGGCUCUGAAAAGCAAAAACCUGGUCUCUUAUUGCAAAAACACAGUACAACUAGGAAUAUGUGGGGUAAAUAUAUCUACAAUGUGCUGUUUCUUUAGUUGUUAACUGAUGAAUAAAAGAUAUGCAUUCAUUUGGUA